ACGACUUUAUCAUUUACGGUAUGGGCGGCAUGAAUUUUACCACGGAAGUAAAAGAUGUGGCUAUUGAAGAUCCCAAAUUUUCAAAAGUUAACGUCAGUUUAGCACUGACAUUGGACAAAUUAGGUCUUGACACUGGAUACGACGUCGACAUAGGGAUACUCAAUGAACUUCCUAUAUACGGUGUAGGCAAGAUUAAACUGGGAAUUUCUAGGGUACGAGUUGAGAUGAAUGUUAUGCUCAAUCUUAAAUCAGAUUUAUCUAAGAAGAAUAUAUCUGAUUUGAAUCUUCAGAUAGCUUUUUACGACACUCCGGCGGAAAUAACAGGAUUCUGGAAAAAUAGCAGAGCCAGCCAGUUUUUAACAGGAAUCAUUAACAUUUUGGAAAAAUUAUUUUGUAUGUGGUUCACAUACGAAAAGGAUUGUGGUAAUUGCGUUUUAGCAAAACUCAUCGAGUUCGGAAUAAAUCAGUAUCUAGAUCCCAAAGAAGUGAACUUGGUAGUGGAUUGUGAUUGCUUGAAGAAUAAUAAAUACAAUCUGAAGAACGUACUUGAAAAUAUUGGAAACUCUUACGUGCAUGGAGGUAGCGAAGCUGUUAAUAAAUAUUUGGCGAGCGAAGAAGUAUACAAUAUUUUAUUGGACUUGUACCAAAAUAUUUCUGCUAUUAUUGUGAAUGAAUCAUACAGAUUGUGAUGAAAAAUCAAUAAAUGGAAAUAUAUUUUUCACGUGAUA